UUGUUAUGGACAUGCAGUGCUCUCGCUGCUCUGGACGGGUACAGUCCUCAACAGGACACUGACCAGUUUCACAUCCAGACUGAUGAAGAUGAUGAACGCUACUUUCUUUAUCAGACUCAUAGCGGACAGUAUCGCAAAGAGAGAAGACUGAAGGAUGGCUCAGUUGUUGGAACAUCAGGUUGGGUGGGCGCUGACGGAUUCUUGCGGUUACAAGAUUACAUUGCUGAUGGCCAGGGAUACAGGAUCUACAAAUCAAAAACGGUUUACGUAGGACUGAAUCGACCAAUAGGAGAGUCGAUAAAAAUUGCAAAAUCUGCUCCUGCUGAUUCCGGAUUCGGUGUUACGCCCGCACGUCCUACGCAUCGGACCAUCAGCCCUGCUCGUGAAAGUACAACAACGCAACGUCCAUCAACAUCUCCGCCAACGACACAUAUACCACCACAAUCAUUCCCAGACGAAGUCUCCAUAACCCCGUCGACACCUUCCUAUCCCCGUCCAACUUCAACACCCCAAGUCGAAGUGUCUCCUAACUCCAUAGAUGUGUCUACACCUUUUAAUUUAAGACCAACUGUACCACCUAUUACAGCUGAUGAAGCAUCACAACCUCCAAAUACUUACGAUUACGAAAACACAAAUACAAUUGAAGACAAUUAUUACGCUAGUGACAGUACACCUUAUAGGCGUUACGACGUGUUUAAUCCAAAUUCGUAUAGACAUGCUGAUGACUGGACACGCCGUUAUCAAUCUCGCAUUCGGCUUGGAGAUGGAUACACACCACAGUUCCCAGGAUACGAUGGAGGAGCUCGUGGAAGAAAUGGGUUCCGUUAUUAUCUUCCAAAGCAAUACCAUGAAGAAGUAACGCAGAAUACAAACGAAAGGAUCGGAAGCUUUGGUUACAUUGACCCAUUUGGCAUUAGGCGAGUUAUAUAUUACAAUACAUCGCCUGGCGAAGGGUUCCAAAUACGUAAGAACAACAGAUAUGUUGGUCACGACGCAACACCUUACGAUCCUAGGCCGAUUGAAUGA